GGUUUUGGGUUUUUGCCGCAGCGCUUAAAAACCUAGUUAAGUUCAGUGGCCGUUCUUCCUUUGCGGUCUAGGGGGAAGUCAGGGAUUUGAUCGGUUUCCUUCUUCGACGAAGCACUGAAAAAUGGCGCCUAAAAGAGGUGGAAAGGCCCCUGUACCAGCCAAGAAGAAGCCAGAAAAGGUGGUUAACCCAUUGUUUGAGAAGCGCCCAAAGCAAUUUGGGAUAGGUGGUGCAUUGCCUCCAAAGAAGGAUCUGCAUAGGUUUGUAAAAUGGCCAAAAGUUGUACGUAUUCAAAGACAAAGGAGGAUUCUGAAGCAGCGUUUGAAGGUUCCACCCGCUUUAAACCAAUUUACGAAGACACUUGACAAGAAUCUAGCAACAAAUCUUUUCAAGUUGCUGCUCAAAUAUAGACCAGAGGACACGGCUGCUAAGAAGGAAAGGCUUCUUAAAAGGGCACAAGCUGAAGCUGAGGGGAAGACAGUUGAGGCAAAGAAGCCCAUUGUUGUCAAAUAUGGUCUCAAUCACAUCACCUAUCUGAUUGAGCAGAACAAGGCCCAGUUAGUUGUUAUUGCUCAUGAUGUGGACCCUAUCGAGCUUGUUGUUUGGUUGCCUGCCUUGUGCCGGAAAAUGGAGAUUCCUUAUGCUAUUGUGAAGGGAAAAUCACGUCUUGGAGCAAUUGUCCACAAGAAAACUGCCACUGCUUUAUGCUUAACAUCUGUGAAGAAUGAAGAUAAGUUGGAGUUCAGCAAGAUUGUGGAGGCAAUAAAGGCCAACUUUAAUGACAAGUUUGAUGAGCAACGCAAGAAAUGGGGAGGUGGUAUCAUGGGUUCCAAGUCUCAGGCAAAGACUAAAGCUAAGGAGAAGCUCCUGGCAAAGGAAGCAGCACAAAGGAUGUCAUAAGCCUUCCUCGGGGCCGAUUGUAGCAGGAAGAAAACAUUGGCAAUCUUAUUUGUACUUCACUUUCGAAUUUCAUUUUGGUUGUGGAAUUUUGCAGCCAUGUUGUUACCUAAACCUAAUUUAUAUUCUGGCUUUAGCUGUAGAAAGGAGAAAUUUAGUACUAGUGUUGUAGCCCGCUGUUUAAACUGUUUUUUUCCUUCAUUGUGGUUAUUUCAUAUUUGUUGCCCCUUAAGAAGAUAAGAGGUAAAUCUCUAGAAACGUUGGACAGGUGAAGCUGAAAUUUCAUGCAUGAACCUAUCGAUGAGAUCGAAUUUUCAUUUAUGAAUGGUGAUCAGUUGAUAUUCUGCUUA